UAUUGCAGUGGUUGCUAUGCUCUUUUCUGUGAGCAGCCCUUUUAUUACCAGAGCUCCUCAUCCUCCAUCUGGAGCGGGAAACCAACUGAAAAUGUCUCAGAAUCCUGACAAGCUAAAUUCAAGUGAAGAGAAGCUGAAUGCUUUGGAGGAGGAUGAGGAGGAGAGCUUGGACAACUCGGAUCAGUCUGACCGAAAAAGGAUACGACAGAGUGCUCCAGGGUCCCACAGAGAUGAUACACCCAAGUCCAGUCCCUCUCGGCCUGUGUCCAUAGAAGAGCUCAUGGAGACAGCCAAGGGAGUCACCAACAUGGCACUGGCACAUGAAAUUGUGGUGAAUGGAGACUUCCAGAUAAAGCCAGCUGAACUGCCAGAACACAGCUUAGAGAAGAAAGUCAGAGAUAUUGUGCAUAAAGCUUUCUGGGAUUGUCUGGAAGCUCAGCUGAAGGAAGAUCCCCCAACAUAUGAUCAUGCAAUUAAGUUAUUGGGAGAAAUUAAAGAGAGUCUUCUGUCAUUCUUGUUGCCUGGUCACACUAGACUGAGAAGCCAGAUUACAGAAGUUCUUGACCUGGAUUUGAUAAAACAGGAGGCAGAGAAUGGGGCCCUUGACAUUUCUAAGUUGGUCAAAUUUGUUAUUGGCAUGAUGGGGACUCUUUGUGCUCCAGCUCGAGAUGAAGACAUUAAGAAACUGAAAGAUAUUAAUGAAAUAGUUCCUCUUUUCAGAGCAAUUUUCUCUGUAUUAGACCUAAUGAAAAUGGAUAUGGCAAACUUCGCUGUCAGUAGUAUUAGGCCAAAAUUAAUGCAGCAGUCUGCUGAAUAUGAAAGAAAGAAGUUUCAGGAGUUUCUUGAGAAACAGCCAAAUUCUUUAGACCUUGUCACAAAGUGGUUGCAAGAAGCAGCAGAUGAUCUUGCAAAGCUGGGACAUGAAACAUUGCCUCCCCACUGUAAUGAUGGUGCCACUGGUGGAGCUUCUGCCUUGUGCUUCACUGCUGUACAAAAUCAGGCCUAUCUGAAGCUUCUGAAGUGGGAUCACGUGAACAGGCCUUUUCCAGAAACGCUGCUGAUGGACCAGACACGCUUCCUGGAGAUGCAGCUGGAGCUGGAGCAGCUGCUGCUGGUGGGGACAGUGCUGCUGGUCACCUUCAGUGCAGCAGGCCCAGCUCUCAUCGAUGUGCCUGGCUUUGCAGAGAGGAUCAAAACCAUCGUCAAGGUGCUGCUGACAGGGAUGCAUCUCCCCUCCUUUAACCUGAAGGAAUCCCUGGCCACCGUGGGUGAGAAGGUGUGUGCUGAGGUGAACAGCUGCCUUUCCCAGCAUGGCUUUACCCCGUUCUCAGCUGAGAGGGAGGCUGUGCUGAAGGGGCAGAUCCAGGCAGUGGGCAGCCCAGAUAACUCCAUCUCCAAGCUCAUAGAUUCUCGAAUUCAAAAGUUUCUGGAGAAUUAUCUUGCAUCCAGUCACCAGAAAUCAUUGCCUGCCAUUCCUGGAGGAUUAGGCCCCAUUCAGAGGGAGCUGGAGGAGAUUGCUGCCAAGUACAUUCGUCUUGUCAACUACAACAGAAUGGUCUUCAGCCCUUACUAUGAUGCAGUCCUUGGCAAAAUACUGACUAAGGAAGAAUCCCAAAUUGUAGGGAAGUCAGAAGAAUCAUAAAACCAGUCUGUGUGCUAUCACUACAGUAUUGUCAGCUAUUAAAUAAAACUUGUACCAAUAUUUGUCUAGGAAAAGAGCUUUCCGUGUAAAUACUGGUUCCUUUAACCCACGAGUGCUGACUGGUGAGGGAAACAGAGGAGAUGCCAAAAGGGUUCUGAGCUAAAAGAUGAGAGAUGCAUUUCUAAUAUAAUUAUGCAACCUGGGGAAGGGGAUAUCAUAGGAGUUUUCUGGCUGCAAUUUUUAGAUUUUUGAGCUGGUGAUAGGUAGGGCAAGUUUAACAACCAAACUUUGUAUUUAAGUGGCUCAUUUCAGGGCAUUUAACUCUUAAUUUACAGUGAACUUAAUUUAUCCAGAGCUGAUUAGCAAUGGUUCUUCCCAGAAGGGGUGAUUUGGUUUUUUUUAAAAAAAAUCUUACUUUAAAGAAUUAAUUAAGUUAAAAUCCUAAAGAUGAACUUUAGCAGACAAAACACCAAGCCAAACAGCACUUUACUGUAACAUUAUGGUGAGUAUGGUAGGCUUACUAGUUUUUUUCUGUAUUUUACUGCAUUUUUAAUAGUAUUUUUUUGCUGUUUACCUGCAGAUGUUACAAAACAUAAUAUAUUUUUGUAGCAAAUUUUCUGGUUAUUGGGUAACUGUCCUCUGCUAUGUACAGUACUCCCAGAGGUGGCAAUCUUAUAGAUUGCAGCUGUAUUUAUAUCUUGUAAAGAUUUCAGAAAGGGCAGAGCUAAAACAUUUUGAUAAAAGUGGCAUUUCUUACCUUCUUUUCUUUUGCUAGUAAUUUACUCCUUUUUAGGUGAAAUACUAAUUUUAAAGUAAAUUCUCAUUUGCAGAAGGUGGAUUUAAAGUGUGUGAAACUUUAGGUUGAAAAUUUUGGGCUUUUUUAAAAACUACAGCAGGGGAUGGUUGCAUAUUCAAUCAUGUUUUCAAAAAUGUUAUGUGCAGGGCACUGUGGGCAGUAUCAGUGAUUUUAAUGUACUGUGAGAGGUGAAUGGUUUGAUGUUAGUUUGAAUAUAUAGGGAAUAUUUUAGUAGAUUUUUUCACUUUCUAGAUGUGUUCUUGAAACUUAGAAUAUUUGUAGGUCUCGAAUUUAAUAAGCUACAUGUUGUAGAGAGGAGAAGAGCCCAGUGAUCAUACAUUGCAAUCUCAGGCUCAGCUGGGAGGUAAGUGAAAUUUUCCUCUGGUUGAGCACAACUGUGUAUUUCAGUAAUCAAUAUUUGAUGGUUUUGUGAGAGCAAAGUUUGUAGUUACUCACAGUAAGUGGCCCAAGUAUGAGGUUGUCCAAACCAGAACGUGCUGUGUUU